AUGAAUUUUUGGAUGGCUUCUAAAAGGGAACAUAAUGGAAGACGAGGACGAACAAGAUGGGCAGCAAUCGACGGUUUGAAUGAAACGGAGGAGGAAAUGCCUGAAGAAACAGUUGAAGAAACCAAAGCACAAGACAGCAUUAGUCUAAAUAGUACGCCAUUGAACGUUGAAAGAGUGAAGGAGAUGCCUAAUUAUGGUGCUGUUGGUAGCGCAGACUCAGAUUCAGAAAAUCUUCAACAGGCAACAGCAGUUCUUCAGCAAGAAGGACAAUUUGGUCUCAAUAUGAACAAAGUUGAACAUGCUUAUUGUGAUUUUUGCAUGUUGUACUUAGGUGUAGAAGUUGUGAUAUUGUUGGCAGUGGUCCUAAUAAUGAAAAUGAUUCUUGAUGGUUUUCCACUGGAUUGUGAAGAAAGGCCCAAAACUCUUGUAUUUGAAGGAGAAAAUGACCAUAAAGUUCCUGUAGCCAACUCACUUUUGAGAAGUACAGGCUUCUAUAAGUGCAUUGGAAGAAUGAUUGCACAUUCUUUCCUACAUGCUGGAUCACCACUAUUUGGAAUUUCUGAAGUAGUUGUUGAUUAUUUGGAAUCAUUGCGAUCUGGAUAUAAACGUGAACAAUCGCCAUCAAGCUUAGCUGGUAAACUUAAAGAUCCCUCUACAAAGAAGACACUAACAUCUUUGAAAUUUAAAGUCAUCAAGAAUGAGCAAUGGGAUCUUCUUUACCCGUCAAUUGGUGACCCUGACAUUGAAAACUUUGAUCUUUCAUUAUUGAUUAUCUUAUUACGUAACAUAUGUGGUCUAACAGCGCCACAUGGUGGAUGGCAUAAUCUUCCUGCCUCUUCAGAUACUUCAAUCUCAGCAAACAUUGCAAGAAUAAAGUUUUAUCGACACAAAGUGUACGUUCACAUGACUACAGCUAAUGUAGAUGAUAGUGAGUUUGAGUUCCUGUGGCAGGAAAUUUCAAAAGCGUUGGUUGGUCUGGGUAUUCAACAAACUGAAAUAGAUGAAUUGAAGGAAGCUCCUCACAGUCACAAUGAAGCAAACCAUAUUAAAGAAGAGUGGGACUACAUUGAUGAACCAACAAAACAUAGAGAAUUGUUUUUAAAAUUAAUUGAAUAUGGGCACAAUCGCAGUGUUGAGGUUAAAGUGAUGGGCAAUGUACGCGUAAUAUUCUCGGAAGAAUUUUGCAUUGGCGAAGGAAGGGAUGCAACCCGUGUUUUUCUUGGACUGGGUAAGGAUGGUUACGGUAAAGCAGUGAAACAAAUACAUCGGCAUAAAUUCAUCCAGCUUGCACAUCACGAAAAGAAAAUUUUAAAUGAAUUCAAUGCAAAGAAGUCGAAAUAUGUUGUGAAUUAUUUCUACUUAGAAGAAGAUACUGGAACAGAAUAUGUUUAUUUGGUAUUACACUUAUGUGAAGAAUCAUUGGAGAGUUUUGUCGAGUCUUCUACUUUGCAUGAUCUUCAAAAAGCUCUUCCUGAUAUUCUUAGACAAAUUUUAAAAGGAUUAGCUGAUCUUCAUAGCGGCCCAAUUCGUAUUCUACAUCGGGAUUUGAAGCCUUCCAAUGUUCUGCGAGAUUCAAAAAGCAAAUUUCUGAUAGCUGACUUUGGCAUAAGUCGAAUAAUGAAGAAUGACACAACAACAUAUGAAAGCAAUUCUUCCAUGGGAACCCUGCAUUGGAUAGCUCCUGAAUCAUAUCGCGAAGAUGAUGAUUCAGUAAACAAAGCGUAUUACAAAAGAAGGUCUGAUGUAUAUAAUGCAGGGAUGGUAGCUUAUUACGUAACAACAAAAGGAAAACAUCCUUUUGGAACUAUACCCUACAGACUGAUUAACAUGUUAAAUGGAAACCCUGUUGGUUUGAAAGAAAUCGAGGAUGAAACACUAAAGGACCUUCUGUCGUGGAUGUUAAAUCUAAAACCUGAAGACAGACCAUAUUCUAACGAAGCAUUAAAACACCCAUUUCUCAUGUCAGAUAAUGAGAAGUUUGAAAUGUUAAGUAAAGUUGGGAAUCUUCGGCAGAUUAAGACAAAUGAUCUCCAGUCAAGUGUCGUUCAAAAAUUGAAUAGCGAAUCCGUAGAUUUGGAAAGUCAAAUGGGUAGUGAUGUUUAUGAAUAUUUCGUGAAUGGAAGGCCCUAUAAAUCUUCAUGGACAGAAUGCUUAAGACUUAUUCGAAAUAUUGAUCAGCAUUGGAACGAUCGACCUCUACCACAACCAGAAUUAUUUUACAAUAUUGGCGAUUACAAGGCGUAUUUUCUCCAAACAUUUCCUAAUCUCCCUGUUCGGGUACAUGCUGCUGUCAGGUCAAAUAAAGAAUUGAAAAACAAACCAGAACUCAAGAAUAUUUUUAAUUUUAAUGAAAGCGAACUACAUCAAUAAACAUUUCUGAAAUUAUUUUAAGUACUAAAAGUCUGGCAUUGGUAUUUUGAGCUCUUGGGAGUUCCUUAUCGUAUAAACCUGACCAUCAGGAGUUGUGCAUAAUUCCAUAAGUAGAAUCUUUUGUGUUUUACUAUCUCACAUUAAUUACGUAGCUGAACCAUAUAAAAUAGUUGAAUUAAAUAACAUUUUCAUGAGA